AUGGCGCAAACAGAUCCGCCCAAGCCUAUAACAUCGCAAAGGUCACAAGGUGAGCACACCAACCAGAUGACACCACCACCAGAAACAACACUUCCUGGUUCACGCUCACGAGCCCACUCAGUCGGAGCAGACUCACAACUAGCAACUAUGGCAGAUUCGAAUCUGUGGAGCGUUGUCUCGGACGAGUCCUUCUGGAAGCUGCCGGAAGACGACGUGAUUAUGCUAAUCAGAAACGAGUUUCCAAAUGAGAUGGAACGUCUCAAGCACGCAUACUCAGUGCGGAACUCUGGCACAGCCCGGCCGUCUCGCCCGUCUAUCGCUGAAAGAUUAUACGACGGCGAGAACUACGACGAGAUCAACAGAACCCUCUUGGGGAUCCUAGCCCUCCGCUGGAUCGUCAACAACGACUACGACAGCUUCGCCAACGGCCAGCCCCCCGACAUGCGCCUAAAACGCUCAUCGUUCACAUGGCUCCACAACUUCUACUGGACCAACCUAAACACCCCCGAAGACGCCUACACCCUCAUCCUGUCCAUGAUAAUCAAUGACCUAGGCAAAGACCCCAACCUCGCCACCGACUACUCCGCCCUCACGGGCACCGACAUCUCCAACGUCAACCACGACAUGAUUCUCCUCUGCGCCGUCGAAGCUGGCAUGGUCCCCGCCCUCGACAAGCUCUCCCAAUCCCACCGCGACACGCUCAUGGAUGGCAUCCGCCUCGGCUCCGAGCUCAACUUUGGCCAGCUGGCGCAAGCGGAGAACGCGCCCGCCGCCUUGAUUGGUCUCGAGGAUAUGCGCGGCAAAGACCGCGCGUUUCAGAUGCGGUUCAUGGAGCAAGUCCUCGACGUGUCUGGCGCGAAGGGCCAUGAAGAUUGGACCGCUGCAUUAGUCAUGAUUGAAUCCGUCUUUCAGAGCUAUCGCAGCGUCUAUGACGUCGCUAGCGGGAUCAUCGCCGGGAAACACACAUUACGUGAAGGCUUUGACCUCAUAUUACAGCGCAAACUCGACCUCCUCAAGGCCGCAGGCUACACCCUGGCCAACGCCCUAACGCUCCGAAACCCACAACAUCGCGCCCUCGCCCGCCUCUUCUGCCUCGGCAACACCAACAGCGCUUCCACGGCCGAGAUCUUCCGCAUCGCAUUCCUCGAACGCAUGCCUGAACCCGACCGCAUUGAUCUCAUCCACGGACUCAAUGUCGAUGGCUCGGAGGAAGAACCAGCCAUUCAGCCUACGUAUGCGCCGGCAAUGUUGGCGAAAGCGCUGGGGAAUACGGUGAGUGGGACGACGGAGGAGAAGGUAAGAGCGUUGGUGGCGAUGUUGAGGUAUCUGGCGAAAGUGUUCAGGAGGACGAGGACGAUUACGGAGGGCGUCACGGUGGUGGAGAGGGAAGUAAGGAUUGUGGAUGGGGUGGUGGGCGGGGAGGAGUUUAGAGUGAGGCCGGAGGUUGUUGUGGGUUGUGCGGUGCCGGGGGAUCAGGUAGCGAAUCGCGUACGGUAG